AUGACGGACCAACCAUUGGUAACCCAUAUCUUCACAGCCGAUCCAUCAGCCCACAGCUUUAACGGCAAGCUCUACGUCUACCCCUCCCACGACAUCAAGACCGACAUCCAAGACAACGACAAUGGCGACCAAUACGCCAUGACAGACUAUCACGUGCUGUCCAUGGACGACGUCGGAAGCCCAGUCACAGAUCACGGAGUCGCCUUGGCGCUAGAAGACAUCCCGUGGGCGGGAAAGCAACUCUGGGCUCCAGAUGCGGCGACGAAGAACGGGAAAUAUUAUCUGUAUUUCCCGGCACGAGAUAAGGAGGGGGUCUUCCGGAUUGGUGUAGCCGUCAGUGAUGUUCCAGAGGGGCCGUUCAAGCCGGAACCGAAGCCAAUUGAGGGGAGCUAUAGUAUUGAUCCUGCGAGUUUCGUCGAUGAUGAUGGAGAGGCGUAUCUUUAUUUCGGUGGGAUUUGGGGCGGACAGCUUCAAUGUUGGACAAAAGGAGAAUUCGACAAGGACGCAUACACCAACAUGGAAGCGACAAGCGGCCACGCGUAUCACCCGCGAGUUGCUCGUCUAAGCAAAGACAUGCUUCAAUUCGACGGCGGCGUCAAAGAGCUCGUCAUCCUCAGCGAGGACGGAAUUCCAAUUCCACACCACGAUCACGAUCGCCGCUUCUUCGAGGCAGCGUGGAUGCACAAGUACCAGGGUAAAUAUUACUUCUCGUAUUCGACCGGAGAUACCCAUUAUCUGUGCUAUGCAACGGGUGAUAAUCCUUUCGGGCCAUUCACCUAUGCGGGGAGGAUUUUGGAGCCUGUGUUGGGGUGGACGACGCAUCAUUCUAUUGUGGAGCAUAAGGGGAGGUGGUAUUUGUUCCAUCAUGAUGCGUCGCUUUCGGAGGGGAAGAAUCAUUUGAGAUGUGUGAAGGUCAAGGAGAUUUUCUACAGCAAGGAGGGAAAGAUUCAGCUCACUCCGUCGUAG